AUGAUCAUCUAUCUGAACAACGGCAGUCGUCCUUCACAUAUACUGGUGGAACGCAGACAGCCCCUCGCGAGACCCGCCUCGGAACCUCGUCCCUCUCGUGCUGCUGCACUGCGUGCCUCCGCACCUCCGCGAACGCCAGCGCCCGCGCGCACACCCUCGACGCCUUCCAGGCUCUCGGUGUCCGAGUACUUCACGGCGCAACGCCUGAAGCGCAGCUCGCAGCGCGCAAGCCCCAGCUGUCCUCGAGCACCAAACCACCAGAUCAUGGAUCCUAGGGAACUCUUUGGUGAAGAGGGCGAGGUGGACGAGUCCAUGGAGGGUUCUCCAAACCGAGGAGAUGAGGAGAUGCGUCCCCACUCACUUCGCUCUCCGAGCCGUCGCGAUCCAGACCGCCCCGCGCUCACGGCUCCUGUGCGCCCGCCGAGCCGUCCUCCUGCAGAGCGCGCUGCGCCGCCGAGGGUGGAGCCGCGACCACCGCUGAGGACUCCGAAUCCGUUCCCUCAACGCUCCUCUGGUCUCUACGAGAUGCGCGCGCUCACUGAGCCACGAUAUUCACCGCCUCGUGGUGAAGACGGGCCCCUGGGCCCUGUCGUCUCCAACCGCUUGGAAGAAGCUCAGUCCGAGCAGGUCGCGGCGCAGACGGCUCCCAUGCACUCCCAGCGCCCUGAACUGUGGUCUCUGCUGAACCCCAGCGUUGCCGACUAUGGCUUCCGGCCAGCGCGACUCCUCACUCCACAGCCUACGACUGUCGCGGAGUAUCGCGAGCGGUUUCGGCUGCAAACCCAGCAAAAGUCCGUGCCCGCCAUGCGGACGCACCCGGUGGCACUCAACCCGAGAGAGGACUCGAUCGACCGGAAGCUCAGCUCCAUGGAAGCUCUCCGAGCCAUGUGA